AUGUCCCACACUGGCCACCUGCUAGCAGGGUCUAGCUCUGCAACUCCUUUGUCUGCCUCAUCAAUAAACAUCCUUCUGUAUUCGAUACUCCUAGAGGUGGUAGUGUACGAAGGUGUGAUUAGGGAAAAGGCAACAAGCAAAGAAGAUUGUCCACAAUUCCUGAAAGGUAAAAAUUUCCACCAAUUUUGUAGCAAAAACAGUGACAUCAACACUCAAUCACAGGAGCUUGGUCGGUCAGUGCAUGUUGAUGAAAUAUUUCAGCAAACACAUAUUCGAGCAUCAACAGGACAAUUUGUAGAUGAAAGGUCUAGGCGGACACAUGAAGAGUUUGAAGCAAAAUUUUCUCAAAUAAGAUCUGAGACAGCAUCUGUUGGUGCUUCAGCAUGUUCUCCCCUAGACCCUGCAGAUGAGGAAAGAUUGAGGAACCAAUGUUGGUUGGACGUUGCUGGUGGAAGGUACAAGGGACGCGUAUACGACAUCGGAAAUGUCAGUGCUCAAGAUGACUGUGUUGAUAGUUACAUACAACAGACACAGGCAUCUUCUUCUCAGCAACCGAUGGCAGACGACAUUUCUAACCUCCACACACGAGUAUCAACCCAUGAUGACCAACUUCGACAGAUGAACUCUCAAUUGCAAGGCUUUAUUGGCGUCAUAAUGCAGUACCUUCCGCCUCCUGCAGUCGCAAUUGCACAACAAUUUUUUCAAUCCCAAAAUCAGCCACAACCUAAUGUUCAACCACAGCAACCACAUCAACCACAACAAGCACAGCAACCACAGCAAGCACAGCAAGCACAGCAACCAACAGAUCAACCACAAGAUGAUAAUGUUUAUGGAGAUUAUUAGUUAUGUUCUUAGAAGUAGGGCAUCUAUGACUCAAACUUAUUCCCUCAAGAACUUAUUUCAUCUUAUUUGAACUUAUUAUAAUUCACAAUUAUGUAAACAUUCUUAUUAGGAUUAUUAAUGUGAAACGCUUGUUUGUCGGCU